ACUUUGGGAAUGGUUUCCAACAAGAAGUAAACAAAGAAAAAUUCAAGUAUUAAAGUGUCAUUACUAUCCAACAAGUUUGACUAUCCCAUGAAAAGCUUUCAUAUGUACUAAAGGAUAAAUUUGCUUUUGACUACUUAUAUAUUGGCCGAACAGUUCCUGUUUGCCAACAUUCGUAUACUUGGGCAUAUUAAAUUGGGUCUAAUAUGUCGGACUUGAUGCUGCUCGCGAGUCUUGUUUUGUCCGUUGUGAACUGCGUUUGCGGUGAGCGCUUGAACGAAUUUGUUUCACAUUACGAACCGCUAAACUAUAAUAGACAUCUACUCGACAGUCAACAUCAUAGAGUUCGUCGUUCGUUGAGCGAUGAAAGUAUCCUUCAUUUCAACUUCAAGGCUCACGGAAGGAAGUUCAAUUUACGAUUGAAACGAGACACAACAAUAUUUGCUCCAGAUUUGGAUGUGGACCCGGAAUUUGAUCCGAGUAAGGUUUACAAGGGCCAUGCUGAAGGCCACCCCAGCUCGUUCGUUCAUGGGUUUAUUCACAAUGGUUUGUUUGAAGGCAAAGUGAGAUUUUCAGAUAAACUUGAAGACGAAUAUCACAUUGAGCCCAGUUUAGACCACUUUCAAGACAAGAAGAAUUUUCAUUCUGUAAUCUACAAGGCCUCUGACCUUAACUACCCGUAUGCAUAUGGCAGCAAUGUUGAUCUCAGCGACAAAACAAGAAACUGGAUGGAGAAAGCCAGAGAAGUGCCUCAAGGUGUUUACCAAGAAGAUGUGGAGAAAGUCCAUCAUCGCUACAAAACAACAACCAAUAAUAAACUUAUUUGCCAACUUCAUUUACGGGCUGAUCAUUUGUUCACGAAGAACAGAGCGCGUGGAGAAAAAGAACGAGCUCUUUUAUUGAUGGCAAAACACGUACAGGCAGCUCACAAAAUUUACAAGGAGACGGAGUUUGUCGUGAAUGGAAAAUCGACAGCUGGAUAUGGUUUCGCUAUUAAGAAAAUGCGAGCAAAUAACACGGAGGAUGAAACAAAACCGGGUAAUCCUUAUGCUCAGGAAUUCAUUGGCGUUGAGAAGUUUUUGGAUAUCAUAUCGCUGGAGCCGACCAGUUCGAAAGAUGGGAACAGAUUUUGUCUCUCACAUGUCUUCACGUAUCGAGAUUUCGAAGAUGGCGUUCUUGGUUUGGCUUGGGUAGCAGAGCCAAAAGGAGUUGCUGGCGGUAUUUGUGAAACGUCCAAACUCUUCCAAGAUGGACGAAAAAAGACUUUGAACACAGGAUUGGUGACUUUCAUCAACUAUAACAAACAAGUUCCCUCUAGGGUUUCAGAAAUAACUUUUGCUCAUGAACUCGGACACAAUUUCGGUGCUCAGCACGACUCGUCCGAAUGCAGUUCUCAGGUUGGUGGCAAUUACAUCAUGUUUCCCAAGGCGACGUCAGGAACUGACCCUAACAACAGAAAAUUCUCGAAGUGCAGCAUCGAUUACAUUUCACCUGUCCUGGCCGCCAAAGCUGAUUGUUUCAAACAAACCGGUGAAGCCAUAUGUGGCAACAAUUUGGUGGAAGAUGGCGAAGAAUGUGACUGUGGUUUUUUCGAUGACUGCAAUGACAAUUGUUGUAAUCACGCGAAUGGUACAGUACACAGCUGUAAACUAAAGGGAGACGCCAAAUGCAGUCCAAGUCAAGGCCUCUGUUGCAAUGAUUCAUGCCAAUUCAAAAAUAAUGAUACCGUAUGCGAAACGGGAGAUUGCAUAGAGGACACGCGUUGCAAUUCCAUGAAUGCUACCUGUCCUCAACCUGUGACCAAAAUGGACAAUGUCACCGACUGUAAUGGCGAUAGGGGUGUUUGCCUCAAAGGGGAAUGCACGGGCUCGCGUUGUUUGAAAUUCAACAUGAGCGAAUGCCAGUGCACUGAAAAGGAAAAUCAAUGCAUGCUUUGCUGCAUGAGUAAUGGCGUCUGUUCACCUCUUGAAGAAACUGGUAAAGAAAAAAUGCAUCUAUUACCUGGUGCACCGUGCAACAACUUCCUAGGAUAUUGUGACAUUCUUCGCAAAUGUCGAGCUGUCGACUCCGAGGGUCCACUUGAACGCAUCAAGAAUCUCAUUUUCGGAGGAGACGCUAUUGGGAAUCUCGUGGACUGGGUCAAAGAUUACUGGUGGGCUACCAUCCUGAUUGGUUUAGGUCUAAUUAUAUUGAUGGCUGGUUUCAUCAAAGUUUGUAGUGUCGCCACACCGAGCAGUAAUCCAAACAAACCCAAGGCGAGGACAAUGUCCUUACGUCGUAAUCCCCGCAGUAACCCAGGUUUCGUUAACAACGAGCCUCCCCCACCGUACGACAUCGAGAUGGGCGACCGAAAUAACCCGCACGGCCGACAAAACGGGCGACGUGCUCGAUAGUCGUCAUUCUCACACAUAUGAACAAAUUUUCAACUAUUCUUUUCCCUUUCUCGAUUUUCAUUGUGCGUUCGGUGGAAUCCCGUUUCGAUCAACCAGAUUGAAUGAUUUCUGCAAGAUGUCUAGGUUUAUGUCAUCAUUGUCAGUCAAGGAAUUGUGAUUUAUUUAGAGGCUUGCGACCACUUUAUUUUCGUCUCGCAUUCUUCAGUAUCCACUUAGAAAGCAACGAUUUGAUUCUCACGUUGAAUAUCACUUUAUCUUAAGUGGUGUCCUUUUUGGGCUGUACUCAUUUAGAGAAACAGCAUUGUAUAUUUUGCCUGCUACCAGGUAAAUGUGCAUGAAAUUUCAACUUUAGUUGGCAUAAACUUGGACUAUUCGACGUUCUUCUUUGAUUGACACAAAUAAUGACAUUCAUGCUAUCUAAUUAGCCGUGACGAAUUUAUGUUUUAAAGUCGCAAGAAAUGUAAAAACAAAAAUUGUAUAGCUUAUCCUAUAAUGUUAUAUUUUGUGUAGUUUUAUAAUUUUAAUCGUUUAUAUUUUGUUAAAAUUUAUAUCAGAAAUUUUUUUCUUAUUUAUCAUAGCUUAAUGUAACUUGUGUGUGUUUUAUUUCAAAGUAAUUCCCAUUCUAAGAUUAUAAAAAAUUCUUCGAACAAUUUUCCGACUACAUUUACAAGAAAAUUCACCUUAUUUCCCCUUCUAAUAUGUUAAUAUUUCUUCGAAUAAUUCCACGACAGCAUUUAUAAGAAAAAUGUUGCUUUUAUAUUAAAAUACAUGUGCGAUGAAA